UUUGCGCAUAGUUUACAGCAGUUGAUACACAAAAUGGCCGAUAAUCAAACGACCUUAAUGGUUACUAAUGCCACAAACCAUACCCAUGGGCACUCCACUCCCACUUCGGCGGUGUCUGUUUUAACCGGAUUUCUCGGCUUCUCGAUUGUUGCCUCAAUACUCUUCAACGGCAUUAUUGUGCUUGUGUAUAUUAAAGAACAGAAUCUGCGCAACAGUUUCAAUUCCCUUAUCGUGAACCUCUGCAUUGCCGAAGUGCUUCUAGCGACCAUGGGAAUGCCGGGUAAUUUUUUCCGAGGUUUGUACGGAUAUUUUCCUUUUAGCAAUGCGGCAUGCACGUUUUUUCUGUACGGCAACAACAUUUUUGGGAGUGGUGUGCGGUACGGACACGUGCUGAUCGCCUGCAACCGUUUAUGGGCCGUGACCUAUCCCAUACAUUAUCGCAAGCAUCAUAACGUGCGGGUGACCUAUAUGACCAUUGCGGUGGUAUGGUUAUGCGUCAAUAUACUGCAUCUAUCGUUGAUUGUUCCGGGACGAAUAUGGAAGAAACCAAACGAUACGCAGUGCGUCGUGAAUGUGGAGUUUCAACGGAAAACCGCACUGAUGGUGGAAAUAUUGGGUUUUACGGUCACCGAAUUUAUUGUGAUUGCGUUAAGUGGGUUCGUGUCAUUCAAGAUUCACAAGCAGAAUCAGAUUAAAGCGGAGAAGAAGGCGGUUUCGACGGCUGGGGCGAUGCCUGGUUACACUUCCAAACACGAGCAGUCAGUGGCGGCAAAUGCCGGCUCAGUAGAAACUAAUGUUACUGCUGGACCGGUUUCCCAUAGUCAAGCGACAACCAGUCAGAAGAAAGGUCGGGCGAAACACGGUAGUAGUACUUCACAUAAUCGUGUACUGGCGUAUCUCGUGGUGGCCAUAAUUUUCUGCUGGACCCCAAAUCACGUGUACUGGUUGCUGGUGGAUGCGGUAGGCUACUGGAAUCAGACUUUUUUAGCGGUGCAGUUCUUUGCCGUCUAUGCCAAUUCUUGGAUAAAUCCCAUUCUGUGCUAUGCGGCACUCAAAGAACUGCGGAAAGCGAUUAACAAAAUGUUGCGCGUGGACAAAUAUUUUGUGCAUUAA